AUGUCUGAGGAAAAGUCUCGCGUCUCUGGCGAGGUUCCCCGCGCGGAAUCCUCGUCGCCCGUCUUGCCCACGGUCAAUCCUGCGGCUGAGAAGCCUCAGCCUCCCAAGUCUGUGGUUCAUCCUGCCUUCUACGUAAUUGUCUGGAUUGGUUUCAGCUCGUCGGUUAUUCUGUUCAACAAAUGGGUUCUGGAUACAUUGAACUUCCGUAUGUUUUCCAACCUCUGCUUUUACGACUCGUUGUUCCCGGGGGAAAUGAACAAAAGACGAGUUGUGCUAAUCCAAGUCGUCGUCCAGCUGAUGGCUCGAUUUACCCCUCUUCUGGAUGGUCGAAAGACUGUCAAGAUGACUGGCCGUGUCUACCUGCGUGCUGUGGUGCCCAUCGGCCUGUUUUUCAGUUUGAGUUUGAUCUGUGGAAACUUGACCUAUCUCUAUCUUUCGGUCGCCUUCAUCCAGAUGCUCAAGGCCACCACCCCUGUCGCCGUCUUGAUCGCUGGAUGGUCUCUGGGAGUCUCUCAGCCCAACCUGAAGCAGUUCCUCAACGUGUCCGCCAUUGUUGUGGGUGUCAUCAUCGCCUCGUUUGGUGAAAUCAACUUUGUCUUGAUUGGAGUCCUGUACCAGAUUGGCGGCAUCAUCUUUGAAGCUCUCCGCCUUACCAUGGUCCAGCGACUUCUGAGCUCUGCCGACUUCAAGAUGGACCCUCUUGUCUCCUUGUACUACUUUGCGCCUGUUUGCGCCGUCAUGAACGGUGUUGUUGCUCUCCUGUGGGAAGUCCCCAAGGUUUCCAUGGCUGAUGUGUACAAUGUUGGUCUCUUCACCUUCUUCCUGAACGGUCUUUGCGCCCUGAUGCUCAACGUGUCCGUCGUUUUCUUGAUUGGCAAGACCUCCGCUGUGGUCCUCACCCUUUGCGGUGUCCUCAAGGACAUCAUGCUUGUUGUUGCCUCUAUGAUCAUCUGGGGCACUCCUGUCACUGCCCUCCAGUUCUUCGGUUACUCCAUUGCCCUGGGCGGCAUGGUCUACUACAAGCUUGGCUUUGAGCAGCUCAAGGGCUACAUGGGCGAGGCUAGCCGACAGUGGGCCGAGUUUGGUGCUCGCAAACCUGUUCUGCGCAAGAUUGCCAUCAUUGUUCUCGCAGUUUUCAUCUUCUUUUCAUUGUUCACUGCUCUGGCUCCCUCAUACUCCUAUGACCCUACCAGGCUAACCAACACCGUUGCUGGUCUCGGUAAGACUCGCUCACAAUAA